GAUACCAGCAGCCAGUUCACAAGUAACCGUUUUGCUUUGCAAUCAGUAGUUUUCAAGGGAGCUUUUAAAGCUGAAAUAUUUGAAAUGUGGAACACUCUUGACCAUGAAAUAUGUUCUACUUACAUGCUUCAGCCUUUAAAAGUUCUUUGCAUUACAGUCAGGGAUUACAUUCUUCCUGGAGCCAAGCAUGGGGCCAGCUGUGUAAACACAAGCCACACUUCCCCUUGGAGAGGCUGAUAGGAGUUUAAAAGGUUUGUUGUGGCGAGUGGCAGAAACAUUCCCAACUUCAUCACCAACCUUCUAUUUCCACGUCUACUCUACCCACCGGAGACCACUUAGAUACCUAAGCGGAGGCGACAGCUGAAUUCAGGAAACCAUGCAUCAUGUCAGCAGGAACCAACUGCAGACUUUAAAGUCGGUUCAACAUGUGGAGGCAGCAGAGAAAUGACCUGUCCAGACAAGCCAGGGCAACUCAUAAACUGGUUCAUCUGCUCCCUGUGCGUCCCGCGGGUGCGUAAACUCUGGAGCGGCCGGCGCCCAAGGACCCGGAGGAACCUCCUGCUGGGCACAGCCUGCGCCAUCUACCUGGGCUUUCUGGUGAGCCAGGUGGGACGCGCCUCUCUCCAGCAAGGAAGGGCAGCAGAAAAGGGGCCGCACCAGGGCCGCGACCCGGCCGAGGCACCCUUCCCUGAGAUACCCUUGGAUGGCACCCUGGCCCCUCCAGACUCCCAGGGCAAUGGGACCACGCUGCAGCUCAAUGUGGUGUACAUUACCCUACGCUCCAAGCGCAGCAAGCCUGCCAAUAUCCGUGGCACGGUGAAACCCAAGCGCAGAAAGAAAUAUGCCGUGGCAUCUCCGGCGCUGGGGCAGGAGGCUUUGGUUGGACCAUCCCUUCAGCCACAGAAUGCCGCAAGGGCAGCUGAUGCUGAGGUGCAGGGAGGAAACCCGGGCAAGGUUGGGGAACGACCCUGGAGGUUGAUACGGGGCUCAGGGGUGCAAGUUGGGGGCUCGGAUUUUCAGCGGCCCAAGACCAAGGAGAGUAACAUCAGGAUCUACAGCGAGAGCGCCCCCUCGUGGCUGAGCAAAGAAGACAUUCUCGGAAUGCGCCUGCUGGCGGACCGUGCAGUGGCAGGUCUUGAGCCCGUUUCCUCUGAGAGCGGAGCGCGUUUGCUGGUGCUGCAGGGGAGCGCCGCGGACUCUGUGCCCGGCUGCGGCCCCAGCCCCUGUGGACUGCUCAAGCAGCCCUUGGACAUGAGUGAGGUGUUCGCCUUCCACCUGGACAGGAUCCUUGGGCUCAACAGGACCCUGCCGUCUGUGAGCAGGAAAUCAGGGUUCACCCAAGAUGGCCGCCCAUGCCCUGUCAUUCUCUGGGACUCAUCUUUAUCUCCAACAAGUAAUGAGACUCACUCUUCUGUUAAGCUCACCUGGGGAGCUUACCAACAGUCAUUGAAACAGAAGUGCUGGCAGAAUGGCCGGGUACCCAAACCUGAAUGGGGUUGUACUGAAAUACAUCACCAUGAGUGGUCCAAGCUGGCACUCUUUGAUUUUCUGUUACAGAUUUAUAAUCGCUUAGAUAUAAAUUGCUGUGGAUUCAGACCUCGAAAGGAAGAUGCCUGUGUACAGAAUGGACUGAGGCCAAAAUGUGACAACCAAGAUUCUGUGGCUCUAGCACACAUUAUCCAGAGAAAGCAUGACCCAAGGCAUUUGGUUUUUAUAGACAACAAGGGUUUCUUUGACAGAAGUGAAGAUAACUUAAACUUCAAACUAUUAGAAGGCAUCAAAGAGUUUCCCGAAUCUGCAGUUUCUGUUUUGAAGAGCCAGCACUUGCGGCAGAAACUCCUUCAGUCCCUGUUUCUUGAUAAAGUUUAUUGGGAAAGUCAAGGAGGUAGACAAGGAAUUGAAAAGCUUAUUGAUGUAAUAGAACAGAGAGCCAAAAUCCUUCUCACCUACAUCAACGCACAUGGGGCCAAAGUAUUACCUAUGAAUGAAUAACAAAAGCAUCUUCUGGCUAGAAUACUAGAUAUAUUUAUGCAUUUUGUUUUGUGUUUUUUAAAAAAAUCAAGUACACAAACUUCAAGUCUUUUUAGGAAUGGGGCAGUGUACAUGAAUACAUAAAAUAAAUGAACUUAAGCAAAUAUAUAGCAUGGAUCUCAAUGCUAUAAGCAGACUUAAAGCCUUUUGAGAAACAUACCGCUCAAAAAAUAUUUGUUUAUAUUUUUUUCUAACAUCAUAUCAUAGGAGUCUCAACAUCCGGUUACAGAAUGGUUGCAAUUAUUAUUCCAGCUAGCUUUAUCAUGCCACUUAGCAGAACGGCAUAAACCAAAGGUGUGGGCUCCUUUAACAAAGCAUAUUUUAUGCCAUACUGACUGGUCUGACUGACUACUGAUGGGAAUGAUUCUUAAUAGUCUUCAGUUGCUGAUUGUUAAAACACAGCAGUCCCAAUAUGACCGCAGAGAAAAUUGUGCCUAGGGAAACUGAGGCUGUGAUCUACAAAAACAUCAGGGCAUACAAUAAUUCUACACAGAAACGGUGGGUUAUUUGCAAAAGCACCAGUAUAUAUUCCCUUUAAUUUUCUCUAUAAUUGAUCAGCCAUCUCUGUGAUUCUGAGCAUUUUCUAUUUUUUAAAUACAUUUAUUUUGUUUUCAGUAUAGAAAUCACAUUUUCCAUUUUUUAAGAUAAAUUAAUUUUGUUUUCAGAAAAGAAACCAUCCAAAUCUGCAAUUUGUAUAGUAGAUAGUUUUGCUUUCCCAAUUUGAGUCCAAUUUAUGUCUAGUGGUUUAGAAAUUAAAUAAUUUUAAGGUAUGUUACCUAUUUGAAACUAUAAUUAUAGAGUGCCUUUUUAAAUGGAUGCUCUUUUGAAAAAUUUUGUCAUUUUUACAGAGGAUAUACUAUAGUUUUUGUAUAUUUUAUUAAUAAUAGUGGAUUUCUUCAAAUUUGUUCUAAUUAUAAUUAGACUGAUUUAAUUGAUAUUGCUCAGAUAUUGGCAAUAGAACCAGAUAUUGAAUGUGUUUAAAUAUAUUGUUUGACUUAUUCUAAUAUGAGAGAUAUGAACAAAAUAAUUUAAAACCUGACUCUUUUCAAUUCUCCUCAAUGACUAGAACUAAAACAGUGAAUUUGGAAAAUAUUAAAGCUCAAAUAAUUUUCCCCAAGCUCCCUCUACCAUCAUUUUAAUUAGGCAUAGGGACAUGGACAUAUAGUAUUCACGUAUUGGGCCUUUGGGUUUUGGGAAGAUACCCAUGUCAUCACAUAUGAUAGAUGUUCAUAUAGAGCUUUCAGAUCUGGAAUAAGUCAUUUCUCCCCACCCCCUCAGACUAUUUAAAAGCUGAUAUAGUGACUUCUUUUUUCCCUGGAAGUUUAAAAAUACAAGAAUGUAAUACAUUCUAUCUUCUGUUUUCUCAGUGCUUCAUGUUAUUGCUAAACCACUGCAUUUUCUUUGUUCUAAUCAAGGGUAACUUAAUAUCACCAUAAAUUAGAACUAUUAAAGGCAUUACAAUGAAGACUAGUAUUUUUUUUUAACAUACCUAUAGACUCUAAUUUAUCCAAAAGUGUAGGGGCAAAAUGUCAAAGCAACACAGGGUAACUAUAAGAGGUAGUUGCCUUGGUAAGGCCAAGGAGAGAGGUGUCAUUUGAUUAUCUGAUUAUAACUUUUCUAGGCUCACAUUCAUGUGCUAUUUUUUAGCAUCCUUAUUUGUUCAGCUGACCCUUGGAGAAGUGGUCUUCAGACCAUUCUUCUCUUCAAUUAUCCCUUUACAGCUCUGAGUUCCUCCUUGAUUCGAUGCACUCAGCAAACUCUGGCUCUCCUGCAUCUUCACUUUUACCUUCUGUAUUAGUCCUUCUUUCUCUCAUUAAUCAGUAUAUUACUAAAAAAUUGGCCUAACAAAAGUUUGGUGACCCAGGUUUUAUUUUGAGCCAUUGACUUGAAAUAACUCUUUGUGACGUUGCCUUAGACUUUGCCUUAUUGAGGUGUCAUGUUUGCAUUUUAAUAUGCUUUUUAUGGAAUAUAUCCUCUUUACCUAAAUUUGUGAAAUUGGUGGUGGGAAUUCCAGUCUCCUUAGAAAUGAACUUUAAUUUUGUGUCUCAAGCUACACUGCUUUUGGGCAGUUUAGUUCUCCUUACCAGGAUCUAGCUUUCCUUAUUUCUCAUCAGUUAUUCUGACAUGCUUAUUAUUAAAUGAAAGGUCCAGGAACACAUGUUUAUUUUAGUCACCUUUGCUUUAUAACAAUGUAUUUUGUGUUAUAAUCAGUGAAUAAUUCAUGCUGUAUUAUUUUUGAAUAAUGGAUAGCUGCAAGGCCAGGCUUUUAAUUCUACGUAAUGCUCUUUUCUCUUACUGAAACAAUGAGAGUACUCUGAACAUUUCAAAUAUACUCAGAUUAUGCUGUGGUUUGGUUCACAUAAGCAUAUUAUGUGGCUUAUUUAUAACUUGAUAAAUUUAAAAUAAAACAAUUAUCCUUGGCAGACAUACAAAAGUUGGUUGUCAUGUGACUUAUUUUCUUCAAGCUGAUAAUAUGAAAAUAAAUGCAUAGCUCAAAACCCUAUAAUAAAAAUAUUAGAAAUUAAAGAUG